ACGAAAUCAGCACGGGUAUAUAUAUUGGGAGGAAAAAUUUCCAACGUUAGCAUUUUACGAAAUGACCGUGGUCAUGCGUGCCUUGCUGCUCAUCCUGGCGACGGCUCAGUUCGUCGCGUGCCAGAAAAUUCUACCGAAAGACGUAUAUUUACCCGAGGCCACUGAGACAUUGUCCGAUUCGGAAUGGCAGAGGCUAGAUGCUCAAAACACUCCGAGAGCUGAUAAUCCGAAUGCUGCCCCCAUACCUCAGCAGGAGAUCGCUGGAAAAACAUCUAUUUACUUGGAAAAGCAAAUCGUUGGUGGCUCGCUAGCUAGUCUGGGACAGUUUCCGUGGCAAGCGCUUAUCUACAUUGACAAUACCUAUCUCUGUGGAGGAUCGCUUAUAUUGCCGAAUUGGGUUCUGACUGCCGCACACUGCACUGGGACAAACUAUAAAAUAUAUUUGGGAAGAAUCAGCAGAGUAAAUCUUACUCCGGGAUACGUGUUAGUGCUAACAUCGAUUUCUUAUACACACCCGCUUUAUGAUAGCGCAACUAUUAACAAUGAUAUCGCCCUUAUCAAUCUAGGCAUUUCUGUCAAUUUUACCACUAACAUAUCUCCAGUGAAGCUUCCGUCCUUGGCUGAUGCUAAUACCACCUUCGUUGGAACUCUGGCGACAGUCAGUGGAUUCGGAAAAACGGCUGACAAUGAAACCGUUAGCGACAACCUCAAGUUUACCCAGAUGACUGUAAUCCCGAACCAGAAUUGUUCAAGGCGUUAUGUAGCUGGUUUAGUCAUUGAUUCUACAAUCUGCGCCGUGCAGGCAAACACCUCAACUUGCUCGGGUGACAGUGGCGGUCCGUUGGUCUACAAAGACGCCAACAACACCUGGGUGCAGAUCGGAGUUGUCUCAUUUGGCGCAGCAACAGGCUGUUUGGUUGCGCCUUCAGGGUUUGCCCGCGUAACAUCCUUCCUGGGUUGGAUGUCAGACACAAUCAACAAUGCUCCCACAACAACCACACAAUCUGCAACUACCACGACCCCACUAACGUCCACGUCGACUAGCACAACAACUACCCCUGCAACAACUACAACCACGCCAACCACCACUACAGCAGAAACCACCACGGAAACAACCACAACUGAGCCAACCACCACAUCCACGGCAGUUACUUCCACCACUACAGCAGAAAUAACAACGACACCAACCACUUCUACGACCACUUCGACAAGCACCACAACUACCCCUGCAACAACCGCAACCCCGCCAACCACUACAGCAGAAACCACCACGGAUACAACCACAACAACUACCCCUGCAACAACCACAACCACGCCAACCACUACAGCAGAAACCACCACGGAAACAACCACAACUGAGCCAACCACCACUUCCACGGCAGAUACUUCCACCACUACAGCAGAAACCACAACGGAAACAACCACAACUGAGCCAACCACCACUUCCACGGCAGAUACUUCCACCACUACAGCAGAAACAACAACGGAAACAACCACAACUGAGCCAACCACCACUUCCACGGCAGAUACUUCCACCACUACAAUAGAAACCACAACGGAAACAACCACAACUGAGCCAACCACCACAUCCACGGCAGAUACUUCCACCACUACAGCAGAAACAACAACGGAAACAACCACAACUGAGCCAACCACCACAUCCACGGGAGAUACUUCCACCACUACAGUAGAAACCACAACGGAAACAACCACAACUGAGCCAACCACCACAUCCACGGGAGAUACUUCCACCACUACAGUAGAAACCACAACGGAAACAACCACAACUGAGCCAACCACCACAUCCACGGGAGAUACUUCCACCACUACAGCAGAAACAACAACGGAAACAACCACAACUGAGCCAACCACCACUUCCACGGCAGAUACUUCCACCACUACAAUAGAAACCACAACGGAAACAACCACAACUGAGCCAACCACCACAUCCACGGCAGAUACUUCCACCACUACAGCAGAAACAACAACGGAAACAACCACAACUGAGCCAACCACCACUUCCACGGGAGAUACUUCCACCACUACAGUAGAAACCACAACGGAAACAAGCACUUCUACGACAACUUUGACAAGCACCACAACUACCCCUACAACAACCACAACAUCACCAACCACCACUUCCACGGCAGAUACUUCCACCACUACAACAGCAACCACAACGACACCAACCACUUCUACGACCACGUCGACCAGUCCCACAACUACCCCUGCAACAACCACAACAACGCUUACCACCACUUCCACCGCUACAGCAGAAACCACAAUGGAAACAACCACAACAACGCCAACCACCACUUCCACUACUACAACAGAAACCACAAUGGAAACAAGCACUUCUACGACCACUUUGACAAGCACACCAACUACCCCUACAACAACCACAACAUCACCAACCACCACUUCCACGGCAGAUACUUCCACCACUACAACAGCAACCACAACGACACCAACCACUUCUACGACCACGUCGACCGGCACCACAACUAACCCUGCAACAACCACAACAACACCAACCACCACUACAGCAGAAACCACAACGGAAACAACCACAACAACGCUAACCACAACUUCCACUGCUACAACAGAAACCACAACGGAAACAAGCACUUCUACGACGACUUUGACCAGCACCACAACUACCCCUGCAACAACCACAACAACACCAACCACCACUACAGCAGAAAUCACAACAACACCAACCACCACUACAGCAGAAACCACAACGGAAACGACCACAACAACACCAACCACCACUACAGCAGAAACCACAACGGAAACAACCACAACAACGCCAACCACAACUUCCACUGCUACAACAGAAACCACAACGGAAACAAGCACUUCUACGACCACUUCGACCAGCUCCACAACUACCCCUGCAACCACCACAACAUCUAAAACCACCACAAAAACAACCACAAAGCCGACGACAACCAAAACUACUACAAAAACCACCACAAAACCAACGACAACCAAAACCACUACAAAAACCACCACAAAGCCAACGACAACUAAAACGACUACAAAAACCACCACAAAGCGGACAACAACCAAAACCACCAAAAAGCCGACAACAACCAAAACCACUACAAAAACAACCACAAAGCGGACAACAACCAAAACCACCACAAAGCCGACAACUACCAAAACCACUACAAAAACAACCACAAAGCGGACAACAACCAAAACCACCACAAAGCCGACAACAACCAAAACCACUACAAAAACAACCACAAAGCGGACAACAACCAAAACCACCACAAAGCCGACAACAACCAAAACCACGACGAAAACAACCACAAAACCGACGACAACUAAAACGACAACAACUAAAAAGACCACGACUACCUCAAAGCCAAAAGCGGGCUGUGCACUGCUGAUCGCAGGCGAGACGAUCUCUUCAAGCCUGAAAUUCCAGAGCAAGACCUUUCCCAAUUCUGAUCCAAAACUGUCCGACUCAGAGUGGAAGAAGCUUGUCGAUCAAAACAAGCCCAAAAUUGAUGACAAAAAAGCCAAACCUAUUCCACAGCCGAAAGAAGUUGAGCAGAAUAAAGGUCCUAGCAAGUUCAUUGUUGGUGGCUCACUCGCAACCUUGGGCCAGUUCCCGUGGCAAGCGUUUCUCAGCAUUGACAAUGCCUGGCUGUGCGGAGGAUCUCUCAUUUUGGCCGAUUGGGUUUUGACUGCGGCACAUUGCUCAGGGACAACAUAUGUGGUUAACCUGGGAACCAUCGGCCUAUACACUCUUUCGGCAGGCGCCGUGAGGGUUACGACCAGCGUUUCUUAUCCACAUGAGUUGUACAAUGAUAACAAUUUGAACAAUGAUGUUUGCCUUGUCAAGCUGGGGAGCCCUGUCACCUUCACUGCAAACAUAUUGCCGGUUAAGCUUGCGUCUUUAUCCGACGCCACAAAUACUUUUGAAGGAACUUUAGCAACAGUUAGUGGAUUCGGAAAAACUGCUGAUAAUCAAGGAGUAAGCAGUGGACUGAAGUUUACUCAGGUGACAGUCAGAUCGUACCAGGACUGUGCAAGCUACUACGGAACCUCGGUGGUUAUUGCUUCCACCAUUUGCACCCGACAACAGAACACCUCCACUUGUCAGGGUGACAGCGGCGGUCCGUUGGUCUACAAAAACGCCGACAAUGUCUGGGUGCAGAUCGGAGUGGUCUCGUUUGGCUCUUCAGCCGGUUGCCUGGAAGGCUAUUCUGGAUUUGCCAGAGUCACUUCUUUCUUGGGUUGGAUGUCGGAAAAAAUCGGCCAGGAUUUAUCUGGAAAUGUCACGACGACUACAGGACCGAAUUCUGAAACCACCACAACCGAUGGCGGAACGACAACUACAGGACAGGAUGCUGAAACCACCACAACCGAAGAAACGACGAUGACAACAGCUAAGCCAACUACAACUAAGACGGUGAAAACCACGACAACCAAAACUCCAAAGACCACAACAACUAAGACCACAACUACUAAAACUCCAAAAACCACUAAGACCACAACUACUAAAACUCCAAAGACCACAACCACCAAGACCACAACUACCAAAACUCCAAAGACCACAACUACUAAGACCCCAAAAACCACGAAAGCCAAGCGCAAAAUAUAAAUCGUUGUAGACAAAUGAUAACUUGAAUUCGGAAUAAAAAAUUUCAACUUUAAUCAGAUCAAAUAA